CUUAAAACCGUGUGAACUACUUUUAAACAGGCUAGGAUAUGAAAUGUCUCUGCGUUGCAAAAUGUCGCCUAGAUAUGCAGCUCAUAGUUUUGACACACAGCCGAAAAACCCGCCCAGAGUUUGAUAGGAGACACUCUGCGAGUAGGAGACAGCCCAGUUCAGAUCCUCUGCGACACACACCAGUCAUCAACAUGUUGGUUUCUGCUCUGGUUAAAGCUGAUCGUCUCGCAGCCCAGCUUGGUAGAAAAUAUGCGCCGUUUCAAGAGAUGAUUGCUCGAACCCUGAAGUCUCAAACAGGCGAUGUGGACUUGCAGAGCGCAAAUACAAUAACUGGGAGAUACAAAACAAUAGAUGAUCUACCGGGACCCAGUCUGGCAACAACUGUAUACUGGCUCUUCGUUAAAGGAUACGCGGAUAAAAGUCAUGCAAUGCAGGUGGAGCAUAAGCGUCUGUAUGGUCCAAUCUGGCGCUCACGCUUCGGCCCAUUUGAUGUGAUAAAUGUGGCUGGGGCUGAUCUGAUUGCACAGGUGAUCCGUCAGGAGGGCCGGUACCCGGUGCGUACUGAUCUGCCUCACUGGAGAGAGUACAGAGACAUGAGAGGACAAGCGUAUGGAAUCCAUGUUGACACAGGCCCUGAGUGGUACCGCAUUCGCAGUGCUCUGAACCCAAAGAUGCUGAAACUGAAGGAAGUCACAGCAUAUGCACCCAUCAUUCAUGAGGUUGUGUCUGAUCUCCUGCAGCGAUUGGAGCUUUUGCGCCUGCGCAGUCCUGACCAGAUCACCGUCACCGACCUCGCCUCUGAGCUCUACAAGUUUGGCUUUGAGGGAAUCUCCUCUAUUCUGUUCGAAACGCGGUUAGGUUGCUUGCAGGAGGAGAUUCCAACAGACACCCUGCGGUUUAUUUCUGCUGUUAAUGAAAUGCUGGCACUUUCUGAGACAGUUCUUUUCUUCCCUCGCUGGACUCGUCACAUCUUCCCCUUCUGGAAGCGAUUUGUCCAGGCGUGGGAUGAGUUGUAUGACGUAGCUCGACAUCUGAUUGACAAGAAGGUGAACCAGAUACGAGAUCAGGUGGCGCGUGGAGAAGAGGUGGAGGGCAUGUAUCUCACCUACCUGUUAUCCAGCAAUAAACUCAGCUUAGGAGAGGUCUACAUCAGCCUUACUGAACUCCUGCUGGGAGGAGUGGACACGACAUCUAACACUCUCUCUUGGACCUUGUACCACCUCGCGCGUAAUCCAGAGAUACAGAAACGCCUCCACAAUGAGAUCGUUUCCGUGUGUCCGAAUAAAAAGGUGCCAAAUACAGACGACCUGACCAAGAUGCCCUACAUGAAGGCUGUCAUAAAAGAAAUCCUCAGGAUGUAUCCUGUUGUUCCUGGCAAUGGACGCCUGACUGUGGAUUCAGACAUAGUUGUGGAUAAUUAUUGGUUCCCUAAAAAGACACAGUUCCAUCUCUGUCAUUAUGCCGUCAGUCACGACGAGAGCAAUUUCCCAGAUGCGGAGCGCUUUGUUCCUGAGCGCUGGAUUCGGGACAGCCCUUCUCGCUCUCAGCAUCACCCCUACAGCUCUGUACCAUUCGGAGUUGGUGUCCGGGCCUGUGUGGGGAAGAGAGUGGCAGAGCUGGAGAUGUACUUUGCCCUGAGUAGACUGAUGCAACAAUAUGAGGUCAGAACGAAGGCCGGAUCUCCAACCAUCCAGCCCAAAACAAGAACACUGCUCAUUCCUUCCCAACCCAUCGACCUGCAGUUUAUCCCUCGCGUCUGACACCAGCAAAGCUCCAUUAUACACAUUAAAUGGUUGAAGGGUUAGUUCACUCCCAGAAUGAAAACAUUGCACAUGAUUUUGCCAAGUACGAUUCGAUCCUGGAUUAACUUCUAUGUUGACCCUGGAACAUAAUUUUUGUUGGAAAAUGUAAUCCAUACCUAUUCCCUACCCCUAAACCAACCAUAACUGUAAACUAUUCACAAAAUCAGAAGGGAAUAAUAGUUGGAUGACAAUCAUGUAAACCUAAAGUGCUUAACCGAAAGCCUAAACUUAACAUAAAUGGUAAACGUAUCACCUAA